AGACAUGAUUAUCAUGAUAUAAUUCAGUGCCAUAAAUCGUAUCGGAUUUGAAUUACAUUUAUAUUAUACCGAUGAUAUUCAAAGAACACGAACAAUUGGUACGCUGACUCUCCAACGCACGGAUCACUAAAUUUUUAACUAGAAAAGAAAAAUGGCUAAUAUCUUAGCAUUUUAUGUCAUUUCAUUGACGUUAGUUUCGGCGUCUUUAGCUACAUCAGACUAUAUUGUUUUAUAUUCUGAAGAUGAAAAACAAUUACAAGCAAAAUAUGAAAUUAUUCCAGAAAGAAUAAAAUCGAAAAAUCUGAAGUUAAGCUUCUAUGAAGAUUGUAUCGAUAAAAAUCCUAGUGUUUGCUCCUCAAAACCAGGAGACAAUUCAAGCUACUUACGCUACUUUUCGGAGUCAGAAAAACAGGAAUGUAUACAUUAUGAACAAAUCAGUGAGUCAAUGAAUAAUAUUUUGCAAUUUUGUGUCGAUAUGGAGAAUAGUACUUGGUUUGGUGGUGCUGAACAGGGUUUACAAAAAUGGCCUCUAAAUAAACUCAACUGGACAGAUAGGUCAUAUGUCACAAAAGAAGCAGACAGCCAAGCAAUUGUCGAGUCAUACUUUUUCAACUCUGACGGUUUUUACCUACAUAUCAACGAUUCAGUGGCUUUAUUUUUAGAUAUCAAUGGUCCUAGACCAGGAAAAAUGUGUUUUACCGCAAAAGUUGUUGCUCCAUACAGAAAAGUUAAAAAUUUUAUGCAAUUCCGUGUUUGUAAAUUUAAUAAUCCCCGAAUAGCCCACGAAAAUGCUAUUAAAGAUUUCCUUGGCACACCUACAGCCAUACCCGACCCUUACGUAAUAAAGUAUCCAAUUUGGUCAACAUGGGCUAGAUAUAAGAGUGACGUCAACACAUCUUCCGUUUUAAGUUACGCCGAAGAAAUAGUAAAAAAUGGAUUUCAAAGAGGUACAUUUGAGAUCGAUGACAAAUGGGAAAGUUGCUACGGCAGUGCAGAGUUUGAUGUAGAACGAUUUGAAAAUAUUAGUGAUACAGUUAAUAAACUAAAAUCAUAUGGUUUCAAGACUUCUUUGUGGACACAUCCGUUCGUAAAUCUCGAAUGUCCUAUUCACGAGGUAGCCAAAAACAAAGGAUACUUUGUGAAUAGCACAUCACAUACAGUAGAUUCUAUAUGGUGGAAUGGCAAUGGUUCCUAUGUAGACUUCACAAAUCCCGAAGCGGCGGCAUGGUGGACCAAUGCUCUACGUCUAUUACUUGCAACAUCUGGAAUUGAUACAUUAAAAUUCGAUGCAGGAGAAUCCAGUUGGACUGCUCCACUUCCAGUCUACUACGAUAAUGAUUUGACAUACUAUCCCGAUAACAUUGUAAACGCAUAUCUCAAUACAAUUAAGGCUUUCGGCAAUGGAAUUGAAUAUAGAUCAUCCAGAAGAAGUCAGGAAUUUGGUUGUUUGUUAAGAAUGAUCGAUCGCGAGUCCCGGUGGACUUACGAACUAGGAUUACCAACACUAAUAACCUCUCUGAUACAUUUGAAUAUGAUCGGAUAUCCGUUCGUGUUACCGGAUAUGGUUGGUGGAAAUGGUUAUAACAACCUGCCACCUACUAAAGAGAUGUAUAUUAGAUGGAUGGAAGCAGCUGUAUUUAUGCCAGUCAUACAGUUUUCAUAUACUCCUUGGGACUUUGACUCUGAGACCUUAAGCGUGUGCCGAUAUUUCAUGAAUCUCCGCAGCAAAUAUACUGACACAAUUGUGGAUCUAAUGAGAAAUACUGUUGCAAAUGGUAGCCCAGUGAAUCCUCCAGUCUGGUGGAUCGAUCCUACUGAUGCGGAUGCAUAUGCUAUCGAUGACCAAUAUCUCUUGGGUGAAAAUAUCCUGGUAGCUCCGGUACUUGUUGAAGGUGCAACUUCUCGUAACAUUUACUUGCCAGCGGGUAUGUGGAGAGACGAAAACCAUCCCGAAAGUCCACUCAUAUCCGGAAGAGUAUGGCUGUUAAAUUACCCCGCUGGUCUUAGAGUUCUACCGUGGUUUACUAGAGUUAAUUCUAGUUCUGAAAGUCCAUCCGAACCUACCAACUCAGUUUGUCAAAUGUCACCUGCUAAUUAUGUUUUCGUUUUAGUUUUAAUCGCGUAUUUAUUUCGAUGAAAUUCAUGAUAUAAUAUGAAAUUUACAGUUACCAACCUAACAUAGUGUGUAAUGUCAUCGUAUAAUAUUUAUUUAUUUGAUUGUACAGCCAGUGCUCGAAUUAUAUAGCUGGAAUUUAAUUUAUUCAACUACCAUGAUAUUAUUAUAGUUAGAAUUUUGAAAUUUUACAAAACGUUGAAGAAUAUUUAUUAAUGGAAUUAAAAUAUAAUAUGCCAACUUGUGUGUAAGAAAAAAUUCCAGUAAAUGAAUAAGUGUGAACCUAGAGUAAAGCUGUUAAGAUGUUCGUUGUGGUAGAUACUACUUAAUAUGAAUUUAAUCAUAGAGAAACAUUAAACGUUUAAGUUCAAAUUGUUUAAUCUAUUAUAUUUUAAAAAAUGGACGGGUAUUAUAUGUUUUUGAAUUGUAUAGAAUAAAUAUUAUUUUGCAUACUAUUAUACUUAUAAUUAUUAUUACGGGUAUACAAUGUGUAUCAUAGAUACUAAAGAUAUUAGUAAGCUACAAUAAAUUAUAAUAAUAUAUUCAAUUUA